CGCCAACGCACCGAUCAAUGAAUAACCAAAACAUUAAAUACCCGCUCAGUUGAUCUUUAUUUAAUCCGUUUGUAUUGUUAAUAAUUUAUACACAAUAAAGGGUUUGGAAGCACACUGAGAUAAAACGCUCGUUAGCGUAGCUUCAGGCCGGCCGGUGUGAUCUGGAGUCGGUGGACUAUGCGAGACGGCGGUCCGGCGCACUGGGACGAUGAGGUGACAGUUAAAGAGGGCGGGGUCGAUGCAGUCGGGUGUUUCCUGAAGCCGGCAGAGCUGAAUGUGGGUGGUGGAGACGAGGAGGUGAGAAUGUGGGGGUGUGAGAACCCCGCCCUCCAGGAGGAGGAGGAGGAGGAGAGGAACCACGUGGACGUGAUGGAUGGUGAGGACGAUGAGGAUGUAGAUGAGAGGUUCAGAUGGAAUGAUGAAGAUGAGAUGGACUCCUCAGCUCCACCUGCUCAGGUGUGUUAUAACGGGUUUGGUGGGAGGAGCCGACCCCGCCGGGGGGUUCGACCCCGCCGCUGCGUGAACAUUCGCUUCCUGUUAGCGCUGCGCUGGCGCACCUGGCGGCAGAGUUUCAGGUGGACGGGGCCUGCGGGGUACAGGUGGGCAUACAGGUGGAGGAGGAUCCAAGGAUGGAAACGAAGGCGGCUACUGAGCACGCUCACAAAUGGUGAAAGAGAAGUGACUGGUGUAACUGCUUCACUCGGUAUAAACCGACUUCCAGCCUUCAGAGAUUUCAGAUACAGAACCAACGUGAAGGACUCAGGGGGGCGUAACUCUACCUCCUGUAUCCCAGCGGCCCCUGGGGACAGGGGCCCCGUACAGAGGCAGCUGAGCAGUGAGCAGAUCUCCUGUGUGCACGGUAUGCUGGACGAGGUCCUGCAGCAGUACGGCAGCCUGAUCCCGGUCCAUGUGGACGAGGUGCUGGAGAAACUUCACACGGUGUUUAAUCAGGACUUCACCCAUCCACAGAGGAAGCUGAUGGUGCAGCAGGUCAUGCAGUCGUACCAGCGCAUGUGUGGCUCCAUCCUGAGGAGAGACUUCAGCAUCAACUACAAACGUCAUGUUCUCACCAUGGACGACCUGACCACGCUGUACGGGCGCAACUGGCUGAACGACCAGGUGAUGAACAUGUAUGGAGAUUUGGUGAUGGAUGCAGCUCCUGAAACGGUUCACUUUUUUAACAGCUUCUUUUAUGACAAGUUGAGAACUAAAGGAUACGAAGGAGUGAAACGCUGGACCAAAAACGUGGAUAUAUUUGAGAAGCAUUACCUGCUGAUCCCGAUCCACCUGGAGGUUCACUGGUCUCUGGUGUGUGUGAACGUUCCUCAGCGCUCCAUCACCUACUUCGACUCCCAGAGAACCCUCAACCGCCGCUGUCCCAAGCACGUAGCGAGGUACCUGAUAGCCGAGGCGAUGAAGCGAGGACGGGCGGAGUUCUACAGCGGCUGGAGGGGGUUCUUCAAAAUGAACGUGGCAAGGCAGAAUAACGACAGUGACUGCGGGGCGUUCGUACUACAGUACUGUAAGUGCCUGGCGCUGGAGAGGAAGUUCUCGUUCUCUCAGCAGGACAUGCCCAGACUGCGCCGCCUCAUGUACAAGGAGCUCUGCCACUGUAAACUGUCCAUCUGAGGCCCCCAGGGACCCGACGGUAGUUUCUGAGUGAGCUGGAUUUCACUCGCCACGGUUCGGUCUCCGCCGGUUCUGCUGCACACGUCACGUCCGAACCUGCGUCGGUUCCAGACGGGAGUUUGAUCAGAACUCUAAAAGCUCUCGACGUUUUUCUACUGAAUUUAUUCAUGAAAUAAUAUCGAGUGUCGGACGUUUGUUUUGUUUUUCUGUUCCUGAAACAUGUGAGACGCGUCAGCAUUAAAAUAUUCUUAUUACACAA